CUACUGCGUUCGCUACUUGCUAUGUUUGUUUUAUUUUAUCAAUAUUUAAUAGUAUUGUCACAAUAUCCUCACGCCACCAUGGUGUUAAUAAAUUAAACCUACACCAGCGUCAGCCUCUGGCGUUGGUUCGUGUGGUGUUCAAGAGGGCGCAUGAAUUUUGUGUUAAUGUGAUUUCUGUGAUAUGCCUCGUUUCUUCCUUUUUUCGCUUACAUACAAUUUUCAACAACUGGGAUUAGCAAAACAAAAUGCUGCAAAUAGAUAGAAGAUCAUGUGGAAGCUAAAAAUAGCUGAAGACGGGGAAUGGCUGAGCUCAGUUAAUAAUCACAUCGGAAGGCAGCAUUGGGAGUUUGAUCCGACGGCCGGAACCCCUGAAGAACUUGCGGAGGUGGAAAAAGUUCGCCGGGAAUUUAAGAAGAAUCGGUUUCGAGUUAAACAAAGUGCAGAUUUGUUGAUGAGAAUGCAGUUUAAAAAGGAAAAUCCUUGUGUGCAAAUUCCCCGAGUUACAGUAAAAGAAGAGAAGGAGAUAACAGAGGAAGCAGUGACAAACACACUAAGAAGAGCCAUAAAUUUUUACUCUUCCAUUCAAGCUCAUGAUGGCCACUGGCCUUCUGAAUCUGCUGGCCCUCUCUUUUUCAUCCAGCCUUUGGUGAUGGCUUUAUAUGUGACUGGAGGACUUAAUGCUGUACUGUCAUCAGAACACCAGAAGGAAAUUAAACGUUACCUAUACAAUCAUCAGAAUGAAGAUGGAGGUUGGGGGUUACACAUAGAAGGUCACAGCACAAUGUUUGGUUCAGCAUUAAGCUACGUAGCCUUGAGAUUGCUUGGAGAGGGAGCUGAAGAUGGCGAGGACAUGGCUAUGGCUAGAGGCCGCCAAUGGAUUCUUGAUCACGGCAGUCUCGUGGCCAUUCCGUCUUGGGGAAAGUUUUGGGUUUCGGUGCUUGGAAUCUAUGAGUGGUCCGGCUGCAACCCUAUGCCGCCUGAGUUCUGGCUUAUUCCCAAGAUCUUCCCCAUCCAUCCAGGAAAAAUGUUAUGCUAUUGUCGGUUAGUUUACAUGCCAAUGUCGUAUCUGUAUGGAAAGAGGUUUGUUGGCCCAAUCACACCAUUGAUUCGAUCGCUAAGACAAGAACUUUACAAUGAACCUUAUCAUCUUAUUAACUGGAAUAAAUCCCGAAAUACAGUUGCAAAGGAGGAUCUCUACAAUCCACACCCUUUAAUUCAAGAUUUGACAUGGGGAUUUCUACACCAUUUUGCUGAACCUUUAUUGACUCGUUGGCCCUUUUCUAUAGCGAGAGAAAAAGCACUCAAAGUUGCAAUUCAACAUGUACAUUACGAAGAUGAGAAUAGCCAAUACCUUUGCAUUGGAUGUGUUGAAAAGGUGUUAUGCCUUAUUGCAUGUUGGGCUGAAGAUCCGAAUUCGGAGGCAUACAAACGCCAUCUAGCUAGACUGCCUGACUACUACUGGAUGGCUGAAGAUGGCUUAAAAUUUCAGUCUUUCGGUUGUCAAAUGUGGGAUGCUGCUUUUGCCAUCCAAGCAAUUAUCUCAGCUAAUCUAGCUGGAGAAUAUGGACAAACACUUCGUAAGGCACACGACUUUGUGAAAGCUUCACAGGUAAGAGAAAACCCUUCGGGCAAUUUCUCUUCAAUGUACAGGCACAUCUCUAAAGGUUCAUGGACAUUUUCAACGCAAGACCAUGGUUGGCAAGUCUCCGACUGUACUUCAGAAGGUUUAAAGGUUGCACUACUAUUUUCACAAAUGCCAUCACAUCUUGUUGGUGAAAAACUGGAAACAGAGCGCUUAUACGAUGCCGUCAAUGUUAUUCUUUCCUUGCAAAGUAGAAAUGGUGGUUUCACAGCUUGGGAGCCUCAAAGAGCGUACCGUUGGUUGGAGAAGUUCAAUCCUACAGAGUUCUUUGAAGAUACCCUCAUUGAAACAGAGUAUGUGGAGUGCACUUCAUCUGCAAUUCAAGGUUUGACACUCUUCAGAAAGUUACAUCCUGGGCAUCGGAGGAAGGAAAUAGAUUAUUGCAUCUCAAAUGCAAUUCGUUACAUUGAAGACACACAAAGGCCUGAUGGUUCAUGGUAUGGUUGCUGGGGAAUUUGCUUCACCUACGGGACAUGGUUCGCAGUAGGGGGACUGGCAGCCUGUGGAAAAAGCUACAGAAACAGUCAUGCGCUGCGUAAAGCAUGUGAAUUUUUAUUAUCAAAGCAAUUACCUUGUGGUGGAUGGGGCGAGAGUUAUCUUUCGAGCCAAAAUAAGGUUUAUACAAAUCUAGAAGGUAACCGAGCAAAUUUAGUGCACACAGCAUGGGCUUUGUUGUCUCUAAUUGAUGCAGGACAGGCUGAAGUAGAUCCGACACCCAUCCAUCGGGGAAUAAAGUUGUUGAUCAAUUCACAGAUGGAAGAUGGUGACUUCCCUCAGCAGGAAAUUACAGGAGCUUUUAUGAGGAAUUGUACACUAAAUUACUCUUCAUACCGAAACAUCUUUCCUAUAUGGGCUCUUGGAGAAUAUCGCCGUCGUGUUUUAUUUGUGUAAAUACUAUAAAAUAAAAGCAUGAGAUGAAACUAAUGGUCAAAACAUUCACACCGGGUGAAGAAAGAAUAAAUAUAGAGACCACAAUAUACCAGUUUGUCAGAGAUGUCAAAUAUCAGUGAAGACGUAAAUGUUUCCCUCAUCAAGUCUGCAAAAAUAUUCAGAAAUGUCAAAGUGAUAAUACUGUCAUGUAAUAGGUAAGUUUUAAAUGUCACAUAUUGUUAGGCCCCAAUUAAAGCAACGUAUCAAAGGAGGCAGCGGAAGGAUAAAGUGAUGAAGGUUUACAGGAAACAGAUAAGAAAAAUGAUGCAGUUAAGGCAUUUAGUAGCUGAUGAAUAAGGCAAGAGGUAUCUAUGGAAUAAGGCAGGUAGCUGAUUCACUGUAGAGUGGCAACUUGAGCAAGGCAAGAGGCGGCAGUUGAAUUAGGCAGGAAGUUUACUAUGAAGGCAGAAGUGGUAUAAAAAUUAGUAAUAUAGGAUUGAGUAAUGUGGUAAUGUAUGUAUUUAAGCAGCGAGAAAUAAAGAAUAGCAAUGUAACACCCUACUUCAGGAACAUACCCCUUACGGUAAUUAUCUCGA